GAAGGAGGGGGUGGAGUACAAAUAAAUCUAGCUGUAGAAGAGCCCAUCUUAUCAGCACCAUGUACAGUAGAGCUGCAAUCCAGGGCAGAAGAAUGUAGGGGGAUCAGAAUGAAGAAGAAGCAGCUUGAUGUAUGGGUAAGACUACAGACAAGCUCUGGGAACUAAACAAUUCAUUCCACUGCAAGGAACAAAGAGCGAGCGAUGUAAUGUCUGCUGUAUGCUGAGUGAGCAGAAGCUCAAGCUUUAACCUUUCAACAGCUUUCUCACUGAGGAGAUCUAUGUCUUUUCCAAAAGAUCCAGAGGAUUCAUCUGCACUGAUAGAUUUUUUCUAUGUGGAUAUGCCAUGGAUAUGAUUACUGAGAUCAGAUAAGCUGACAGAGAGUAAAGUAUACCUCGGGGAAGAUGUAUGCCUUCUACUCGCUGCUGGUCUACAUCUUCUACACGGUUUUUAAGAAGGAUGAGGAGACUGUGCUUGAAGGGGCAUGUGGAGAGACGUCAGAGGAUCCUGGCCAUGUUUCCAUGGAAACAGGGAGCAGGAGGAAGGGUGGCCACACCCCCAGGUCGGGAAAAAGGCAAUAUGACAGAAUCAGUGAUUCAAGCAGCAGCAGCAGCAGUGAGAGUGAUGAACUGUCUCUCAGUGAUGAAGAUGGCGACGCUGAUGAAAGUUACGCUAUCCCGGCUAAGACACCUUUGGCGGCAUUCUUGUCCUUCAAACAGGAAACGGAAAAGAGGAAAGUUUCCAGUGUCCACACUGAAACAGGAGAAAAGGUGUUCGAGCCUCCUCUGGUGGCAGUGAUGUCUCAUCUACUGAGCUUCCUUGAGCAGUACUCACACCUACAGCAGCUACAGCAGCAAGCUGAGCAGUACCGCAUGCAGCUGCGCAGGCACCGAGUGCAGCACCGGCGAAAGAUGAAAGCUCUGCGUAGCUCUUACAGGCAGCGCCUCCGUGACAAGAGCAGCGUGAUCCACAGCCUGGAGGAGGCCAUUGCUCAGCAGCAAACACCUUCACCUGAUAAUGACACAGGGACUCCAGGCCUGCAUAAGCUGGUGCAGUCUCUGUGUGGCCUGCAGGGGGAGAGGAGUCUGCUGCGAGGUGAGCUGCGUCUCCUCCACUCACAGCUGGAGCAGAGAGAACAGGACCGACACUCCAAAGUACAAGCCUUCCAACAGCAGAUAGAUGAGCUGAAGAGCUGCAUCGAGGAACGGGAAGAAGAGCUUUCCAAACUCCGCAUUGCCUCUGGAGAGACUGACUCGGAAAAGCGCAUGCUGUGUUUGUCAGCUGAGAAUGAGAGUCUGAAACAGAGCCUGUCCGUGACUCAGGGUCUCCUACAGCAGCUGUCCAUCAUCCCAUCUCAGUCCAGCUCACUGCUCAUUAAGGAAAACGAGAAUCUGCGCAGCCGUGUUCUGCAGCUGGAAAGCACUCUGCAGCAGCGAGUGGAGCAGCUCUCACGCCUGGAGCGCCAGAGCGAGCAGGACCAGUGGCGCAGGGGAGAGGAGCUCCGGAGACGAGAUGAGAGAGUGAAAGAGCUUCAGCUCGAACUUGAUAAGGAACGCAGCAAGGAGCCUGUAGUGAAAUAUGUCACUCGGACAGUGGAAGUGGAGUCUCCUUCGACAUUAAGGCAGCUCACCGAGGCCAGGCAGAAAAACGAUCACCUAAAACAGAGGUUGUCCAACGAGAAAGAACGAUGCAAACAGCUGGAGGAGAAAAUCCGACGCUCAGACGAAGUCAGCUGCAAUCUUCAGCAUAAGAUUGCUGCAUAUGAAAGAGAGAUUGGGAGCCUACAGGCAGAGCUGAUGAAGGAGAUCGAACAUCUGGAGGAAAAAAAAGAUGAAGCUGUAAAAGCAGCAGCAAACUGUUCACAGGAGCAGUUUCAGAGCCUGCAGGAUCAGUUCAUGACUCUACAGCAGCGUCUGAACGCUCUUCCUCCCACCCUGCGCUCGAUGAAGACAGACUACGCCAGUCUGCGCAGUCAGGUCCGCAAUUUUGCAGAGUUUUAUGGAUCAGCCAUCAAAGAAGCCAAGAAACAGAUCUCAGCAGCAAUAAAUGAAAUGUCUGAGGCCAAUAAGGACCUGCUGGAGAAAUACAGGAAAGAGGUCGCCCUUCGCAGGAAAUACCACGAGCAGUUGGUAGAGCUGAAAGGCAACAUCCGUGUCCUGUGCCGUGUGAAACCGGUUCUUGAAGAGGACCAGCAUGAUGAGUGUCAGGCUGUCGCUGUGACCACAGACCCACACAAUGAAUCUGCUCUCAGUGUCCUCAGUAAGGGCAAAGCCAAGACCUUUGAACUGGACAAAGUCUUUCACCCUCAGGCUACUCAAGAGGAGGUGUUCCAAGAAAUCGAGCCCCUGAUCACUUCCUGCAUAGAUGGAUAUCAUGUGUGUAUCUUUGCGUACGGCCAGACAGGCUCAGGGAAGACCUACACUAUGGAGGGUCCUGUGGACAACCCAGGCAUCAACCAGCGAGCUCUGAAACACCUUUUCAAUGAGAUCGAGGAAAGGAAAGACAUGUGGAACUACACGAUCACAGUCAGUUCAGUGGAAGUCUACAAUGAGGUUCUCAGAGAUCUGCUGAGUAAAGAUGGAGAGAAGCUGGACAUCAAAAUCAAUCCAGAUGGCACGGGUCAGCUCCAUGUUCCUGGUCUCAGGAUCAAAGAAGUCAAAAACUUUCAGCAUAUCAAAAAAAUCCUGGCAACAGCACGGAGAAACAGGAUAACGUUUGGGACACAAAUGAACCAACAUAGCUCUCGUUCACACGCUCUGCUCACCAUCACAGUGCAGGGAACAGACCUCGCCACCGGCACCAAAACCACCGGGAAGUUGAAUCUGGUGGACCUUGCUGGUUCGGAGCGAGUGUCCAAGUCAGGGGCGGAGGGUGAGCGGCUGAAAGAGGCCCAGAACAUCAAUCGCUCACUGCUUGCACUGGGAGACGUGAUCCAGGCCCUUAGGGGCCGCCAGACCUACAUCCCCUUCAGGAACUCACGCCUUACGUAUCUGCUGCAGGACUCACUGGGCAAGGGCAACAAAACCGCCAUGGUGGUGCAGAUUUCCUCACUGGAAAGGAAUGUUGAAGAGACUCUGUGCUCGCUGAAGUUUGCACAGCGGGUGUGUAAAGUGGAGCUGGGCCCUGCAGCACGCAAGAUUGAAAGCGGAAGCCAUUGUGACAAUUACUCCUAAAGCUAAUAUCACCAGCACACUUCUGCAAGUUGAAAUCAAGGAAUAUAUCCAUCCCUAAGUGUUUGCUUUUGUCUAAGACCUCUAACGAGACUUCCAGAUGAUUUUAAGGGCUACGGUUCAGGAAGCCACACAAGUAGCAUCUAUUUCUUACUGCUGAGUAUUCGCAAGAGCCAUGCCUAAUGCCUGAACAGCUGCGGCUCCUUCCUAUCGCCUGAGCGGCAUGUCAGGGUGCAAUAUCCGUGCAGGCGGGUUGCUCCGCUGCACUACACUACACUACACUACACUACACUACACAACCACAUCGUCUUGCUUGAUAAAUGACAUUUUAUUGAUCGGGCACGCUCGAGUGCAUCGAAAAAUAAAAGGUCAUGAAUUUAUCUACUAUAACAACUACAUCAUCACUUCCUCACACGUCGACGCUGCUGUAAUGAUCUAUUUAGACAUUUUCAGGAUAACGCUGAUCCACUCUGAGGUGAUGAAAAUGUGUUGAGCUUUUGUGAUUAUGUAACUGUAUGAAGCUAGUUUUUGUGUUCACUCCACUCCGUUGUAGACCAUCGUAUGUGCUAAGGUGUGGUCAUUCUAGACGGAUGUACUGACGGGCACAAAUGUGUGGCACUCUGGGAAACCUACCAGGCAUUGCUUGAUAGAACAAGGGGGAAAAAAGAUGACAACUUGGGCUUUGGACAUUCUGGCAGUAGUUCUGCAGCUUUUGAAAACCUUAAAUACACUUAAAUCUGAGCACGCUAUUAGGAACACUUUACUAAUACUAGUAAGGCCUCACUUACAGUUCUUCAUGGCAUUGAUAAAUUCCUUUGUGAUUCUGGUCCAUGUUAACGUUCCACUUUCAUGACUUGAAUCUCCCGUUUUAUCACAUUCAAAAGAUCUUAUAAUGGAUUCAGACCUGGUGACCGGGAAGGUGACUGUACCACACUGAAUUCUUUUAAGUGCAGACAUUUGCUUAGUGUCAUGCUGGAAGUAGGCUUUAGAAGGUGGUCAAUUUUGGCCAUGAAGGGAUUCACAUGAUCAGAAACAAUAUUCAAAUAGUCUGUGACAUUCAAGUGAUAACUGAUUGAUAAAUAGUGUGUCAAGAAAACAUUCCCCACACCAUUACACCACCUCCACCAGCCUUGCAGAGUUGCUGCAGUCUUUCUGUCAGCUUGGACAGGUUUGGCCAUUCUUCCUUAAUCUCUCAUUAACAAGGUGCUUUUGGUCUACAAAACAGUUGUUCAAUGGAUGUUUUUCUUUUUUGAAUCAAUCCAAGUAAACUCUAGACUGUCAUGUCUGAAAAUCAGGUUAUAGAAAUACUCAAAGCGGUCCAAAUCAUCUGACACCAACAAUCAUGCCACUGAGAUCACACGUGUCCUUCAUUCUGAUGGUUGAUGCGAACAUUUACCCGUUGGCUCGUUUCCACACGAUAACUGCGUCGAUGAGCAGGUGUAUCGAUGUUUCUCAUUUAUGUUCCAUAUAUUGUACUCAAUAAGAAUGUGGAAAUUGUUUUGUUCAUUCACAUCACCAUGUAAAGAGUUUUCCCAAGCUGCAACACAACUGAGAUCACACAAGUGAGAUUGACUUUUGUGUAGUAAAACCUAAAUCCCUGAAUUCUGUACAAUAGUGUAGAACCAGCUCAUUUGAAUUAUUCUCUGUGCAGUGUUUGUGGGAGGUUUAUACUGGAGUAAUGAUUAUUGUAGGAUGUUUCUUCUUCGAGCGGAUACGUUUAACUAGCCAUUAUUUUUCCGAUAGCAAAUGAGAAAUGCACUUUACUUCCAAUACAAUACUAGGUGCUUUGUCCAUAGAACUAGUGUUAAUAUUUAAAUACAAUGUUUUUGAAUUUAGUUCAGCUUGUGCCAUUUUCUGUUAGUAGUUAAUUAAAAUGAAUAUUUAUACAAGAUUAAAUGUAGACGGACUAAUAUUUAUUUACUCUGAUGUGGAUAUCAUAUGGCCGGGUCUCAGAAUGAGGACAAAUUGUAGAAUUAUGAAUGAAAAGAGAACACACGCAUGCGCGCACAUGCGCACACACACACAUUAUGAAUCACCACAUUCUAAUUUAUCACUGUAUUAAAAAAAAAGGAUUUAACUCUGUUUCUGUACUCCAGGUGAGUAAAGCUAUUUUAAUGCCAUUUUUUGAAAGGUAAAUAUUAUAUUAGCUUGUUACUAAUGGCAAAAAGAGAUGCAGUGUUUUUCUGAUAAACACACAAGGACUUUCUUUGGCAUUCUUACAGAUUUCUACACACACUGACUUUGGGCAAAAUAAUUUCCUGAUUGCUUGUAUAUCAGUGACACCAGAGAGAAAUAAAAUCUAGCAAUGUCACUUGGCUCCAUUAUUAAUAACCUUGUGACUUUUGGAGGUCUAAACUAAAAGGUAUGAAAACUGCUGUAUUUUUGACUAUAUUGCUUACAAAUAGCAACUUAAAGCAAUUUUGUUUUUCUAAAAACAACAACUUA